UCACAGAGUCGGUGAUCUGUGGUUUUCGGUGACAUAACCUAUGAACAUAACCCUACUAUCAGCUCAGAAAGUUUGCAUCAAAAUAUAAGUCAUUGAAUUUGUUUAAAGAAACAUUGAAACAUGUCUUUGGCCGAUGAGCUUUUGGCCGACCUGGAAGAAAACGACCAUGAAGAGGGUGAGGAUGAAGAUGAGGCAAUGGAAACCGAGGAACAGGCAGUGGAUAUAAAAGAGGAAAAACCUGAUAUCAAGCAACUGCAAAUGGACAUUGAUACCACGCAAAUCCAGUCGGUUAGGGAAUUGUGCAAACUGCGUGACUGUCCAAAGCUGAUCAAUAUCAUGAAGCAAAUUGAGAGCUACGGCCCCAAAGUACGAAAUGCAACUGAGAUUAUCGGACCUGUUGAGGCUGAUCCUGAAUACCAGUUAAUCGUGGAAGCCAACGACUUGGCUGCAGAUAUUGACAAUGAAGUGAUAACAGUUCACAAGUUUGUCAGAGAUAAAUAUCAGAAGCGGUUUCCUGAGCUGGAUUCGUUGGUUGUCAGCCCCUUGGAAUAUGUGAGAACAGUGAAGGAGUUGGGCAAUGAUCUAGAUCAAGCGAAAAAUAAUGAGACUUUGCAAACAUUCCUCACUCAGGCCACCAUUAUGGUUGUGUCUGUUACAGCUUCAACCACACAAGGGUCGUUUUUGUCAGAUUUUGAAAAAGAACAAAUCGACGAAGGCUGUGACAUGGCCAUUGAAUUGAACAACUUCAAGCUGCGAAUUUACGAGUACGUUGAGAGCCGAAUGACGUUUAUUGCACCGAAUAUUACCACCAUCCUAGGCGCUUCAUACGCUGCUAAAGUAAUGGGAGUAGCUGGUGGACUUACCAGACUUUCCAAAAUGCCAGCAUGCAACGUUAUGUUGCUGGGCCAACAGAAGAAGAGCUUGUCUGGAUUUAGUCAAGUCGCAAUGCUACCCAACACUGGCUUCAUUUAUUACUGUGAUAUUGUGCAGAAUACACCGCCUGAUCUAAGACGUAAAGCUGCAAGAUUGGUGUCAACGAAAAGCACAUUGGCCGCACGAGUCGAUGCCUGUCAUGAAAGCUCAGACGGACGAAUUGGACGCAUGUUGCGAGAUGAAAUUGAGCGAAAACUUGACAAAUUGUUGGAGCCGCCUCCAGUGAAAUUUGUGAAACCGUUGCCCAAGCCCAUCGAUCAGCCGAAGAAGAAAAGGGGCGGCAAAGGGGUGCGGAAAAUGAAGGAGCGCUAUGCGUUGACCGAGUUUAGAAAACACGCCAAUCGCAUGAACUUUGCUGAGAUAGAAGACGACGCUUAUCAAGAGGAUCUGGGUUAUACCAGGGGAACCAUAGGAAAAGCCGGCACGGGUCGAAUCAGGCUACCGCAAGUUGACGAAAAGACAAAAGUGCGCAUUUCAAAAACGCUACAGAAAAAUCUACAGAAGCAGCAGAUUUGGGGCGGAAGCACGACCGUCAAAAAGCAGAUUUCUGGCACUGCUUCCAGUGUGGCUUUCACUCCACUACAGGGAUUGGAAAUUGUUAAUCCACAGGCAGCGGAAACAAAUGCCAAUGAGGCAAACGCCAAGUAUUUUUCCAAUACUUCAGGUUUCUUGAAGCUAGAUAAAAAGUGAUCAUUUGUGGUUCUAUUAGAGUAUUAAUUAAUAAAGGGCCGUCAGACAAA